AUGUCGGGCCUCCUCUCCUCCGGACUCUUCUCCACCAGGCUCAAGUUCCCCAUCCACAUGCUCCAGCUCUUCCUGGUAGUAGCGGCCCUCAGUCUCUCUGUUGCCCGCAUAUUCAUGCCGAACAAACCCAGAGGCAGAUCAGGCACGAUGGCACUCGGAAUGUCAGCAAAGUCCCUCGCCAUCAUCCUCUACCAAGUCCUCACCGAGCACGUCUCCUCCCUCAACCGCUGGGCCAGCCUCAAGGCCAACCUGAUCCUCAACGCCAUGGAGAUCGUCUUCUGGGCCGCCGUCGUCUACAUGGGCAUCCAGUCCCAGACCCAACAGACCUGCAUCGGCACGAGCUGCACCAUCGGCUGGGUCGUCGUCGUCAUCGGCAUCCUCCUCAGCAUGAUCGCCGGCUACGCGACCAUCAUCGCCUGGAUCGACUUCCGCUACCUCAAGAAGAACGGCGUCCGCCGCGGCGCCAUGCCUGCCCCGCUGCGCAGCCAGUGCGAGGAGCAGAGCGUCGAGAGCGUGCAGAUCCAGGAGGUCGGCGGACAGGGACGCAAGCCUGAGGUGUACGCGCAAUACCAGCAGCAGCAGCAGCAGCAGGGAUACGUCCAGCAGCAGUACAGCCAACAGCAGAGGUAUGCUCAGCAGCAGCAGGCCUAUGGACAACCGACCUACCCCGAGCAGACGUACGGGCAACAGUACACUCAGCAUGGAUACGGAAGACAGUAG